AUGUCUGAAGUUUUAGUUUUAAGAGGUACUUUAGAAGGUCACAACGGUUGGGUUACUUCCUUAGCCACUUCUGCUGGUCAACCAAACUUAUUGUUGUCCGCUUCCCGUGAUAAGACUUUGAUCUCCUGGAAAUUAACUGGUGAUGACCAACAAUACGGUGUCCCAGUCAGAUCUUUCAAAGGUCACUCUCACAUUGUCCAAGACUGUGCUUUAACCGCCGAUGGUGCCUACGCUUUAUCUGCUUCUUGGGAUAAGACUAUCAGAUUAUGGGAUGUUUCCACUGGUGAAACUUUCCAAAGAUUCGUUGGUCACAAGGGUGACGUUAUGUCCGUUGCCAUUGACAGAAAGGCUUCCAUGAUUAUCUCUGGUUCUCGUGAUAAGACCAUCAAGGUCUGGUCCAUCAAGGGUGAAUGUUUAGCCACUAUGUUGGGUCACAACGACUGGGUUUCCCAAGUCAGAGUUGCUCCAAAUGACAAGCCAGAAGAUGACACCGUUACUGUCAUCUCUGCUGGUUCCGACAAGGUCGUUAAGUCCUGGAACGUCAACCAAUUCCAAAUUGAUGCUGACUUCAUUGGUCACAACAACUACAUUAACGCCAUUGUUGCUUCUCCAGAUGGUUCUUUGAUUGCUUCCGCUGGUAAGGAUGGUGAAAUUAUGAUGUGGGAUUUGGCUCAAAAGAGAGCUUUAUACACUUUAUCUGCUCACGAUGAAGUUUUCGCUUUAGCUUUCUCUCCAAACAGAUACUGGUUAGCUGCUGCUACCUCUUCUGGUAUCAAGAUCUUCUCUUUGGAACCACAAGGUAUCAUUGACAACUUGAACCCAGAAUUCGCUGGUUACACCAAGGCUGCUGAACCACACCCAUUAUCUUUGGCUUGGUCUGCUGACGGUCAAACUUUGUUUGCCGGCUACACUGACAACGUCAUCAGAGUCUGGCAAGUCAUGUCCGCUAACUAA